GAUUGCCGUCUGCUGUCUUACGGAUUUAUUGCGAAAAUGGCGCAUUAUGUGAUAUUUUCACCAAAUUUAUCAAUUAUAAGUGAAAAAUUGUGUAGUGCUGCUUUGUGAUGGUGUGUUAUUUUACAUGAAUGACAGUGUAGCUCGUGUGGUUAAUAGGACUUCGACUUUCUUUGGGAUAUUGGAUUACACAUAAAAUAAAGUCAAAAUGGUGGUGGGCGAAAGCAAACGUACCGCCAACAUCAUGGACGGCAUUGAGAACACCGGUGACGUACGCCUCCACGACCAUCGGCUCCGUCUUAAACAGAGGUUUGAUAUAGUCAGAAAAUUAGGUCAAGGCACAUACGGCAAGGUUCAACUCGGAAUCAAUAAGAAAACUGGGCAGGAAGUUGCUAUUAAGACUAUAAAGAAGUGCAAAAUUGAAACCGAGGCAGACCUCAUACGUAUAAGAAGAGAAGUGCAAAUUAUGUCUUCCGUCAGGCAUCCGAACAUUGUACAUAUUUACGAAGUAUUUGAAAACAGUGAAAAGAUGAUUCUAGUUAUGGAGUAUUGUUCAGGAGGUGAACUUUACGACUACCUCAGCCAAAAAAAAGUAUUAGAAGAAGACGAAGCCAGAAGGUUAUUCCGGCAGAUUGCAACAGCUGUUUAUUAUUGCCAUAUACAUAAAAUCUGUCAUAGAGAUUUAAAAUUAGAAAAUGUUUUGCUUGACGACACUGGUAGUGCUAAGAUAGCCGAUUUUGGACUUUCGAAUGUUUUCAAAGAGACAUCCCUACUAUCCACAUUUUGUGGUUCACCUCUUUACGCUUCACCUGAAAUAGUUAAAGGAACGCCAUAUAUCGGACCCGAGGUAGACUGCUGGUCUUUAGGUGUCCUGUUGUACACACUAGUCUAUGGGGCAAUGCCAUUCGAUGGCUCAAACUUCAAACGGCUUGUCCGGCAGAUUAGCAACGGAGACUAUUAUGAACCCAAAAAUCCAUCAACUGCAUCACCACUCAUUCGGGACAUGUUAACGGUGGAUCCGUUAAAGAGAGCGGACAUUGCAUAUAUUUGUGACAAUCCUUGGGUGAAUAUGGGUUGCGAGACGUCGUGUUUGGAGAUGGCGGAAGCGUUAGCAGCGGAAACCCCUGUGCGCCUUGAUCUAUUAUUGUCAUUAGCACCCGCUGCGCCGUCAAGCUCCAACAGCGUCGUUGUCCCAGCACAGGCGGACCUCGGUCCCGAAGAGAGCUGUACAGAUCUUACAAGUUCCACUUCAAUGGCUGUGGAACCAAGCAACUCAGCUGAGAAAAGGAUUCUUGAGCUUGUUGCUGAGGGUGGAGAAGAUGCUAUUAAGCCAUCGCCGACGCGUACUUUGGUGGCUGCAGCAGACAACAAGCGAAAGUAUGACGCCGCUAUGUCUGCGAGUGGGCUGUUGCGGAAGAAAGAAAGGGUUGCCAGUAGUGCCAGCGUAGCGCCCAUAUCGCCAGCGUUGCCAGAAGAAGACGCAAGGCAAGCAUCGCCACCGCCGGAGGAAGAAGACUAUUCGUUACAGGUUACGCAACCAACACUAAAGUCGUCAGCAACCAUGACGAUCUCUCCAGCGCCGACAAUGCCACCGCCGCUGCCAACCACGGAACCUCCCGAAGAGAUAAUUUCAGAUGUGCCAAAGGAAGAAGAGCCAAAGGAGAAACCUAAACCAAAACUUGUCGUUAAGAAGAAGGCAUCGCCGCCUAGAGCCGAAGAAAGGACUGAGAAAUCGGAAGAGGCAAAAGCGGAGGAACCCAAACCGCUGUCAGUUUCAUCUACUGCGGACAAGUUAACAUCGUUAUCGCUAGCUCAACCCGUUCCUGUUGCUUCACCCGCUAAACCUAAGAAGCUUUCCAUACCGGGCGGACACGUGGGCAGUUUCAAGGAGCAGUUCGAACGCCGCGCUUCUUUGACUACGGCUCCCGAUAUAAAGCGCAAUCUUUCUAAGCCAGUUGUGUCCAAGAUUGCUAAGCCAAAAGCACAAAGUGAGGAUCGCGAGCUUACGCUCAAAUCUCCUGAUAAUGGCACUGUACGUCUACAGCAGAUUGGCAUUGAACCUGCCCCACUAUCGCCACAGACACCACAGGAGGAGAUGAACCGCGGCGGUGUCAAAAAGACAGAAAGCGAGCCCGCACAUUCUACCGCACCACUCGACCCGGCAGUCGUAUUGCAAGACGCUAGGAGGAGUCUUCAGAAUUCGAUGGCAAAGCUUGCGGAAGAGCGUGCAGGUGAGGACAACCGCCGUCGCGCCGCAAGAGACAUCAUCUCCACCGCCAUACGCACUGGCAAGCCACCUGUACCAUACGGGCGCUCCUCUUCGGCAGGCGUGGCGAGCCUAGCAUCUCCGCCAUCGACGCCGCCCGCACCCUCUACGGCGCCUCUCGCCUCCGCAUCUUCGCCGCGCGUCUUCCGCACCGAGGCUCUGCACUGCGUUAAGGAUCACAGGAACAGAGGGGUAUCAGUGGAGCGUAUUAUCCCAAUAACAAUGUCUGGCGAGGAGCCGUCACAGCCGAAGUCGAGCGUACCCGUCACGCCUGUUACACCUGUCACACCCGUUACACCGGUCACGCCCAUAACUACGCCGCCUGGCUCCGUCACCUCGCCCACUGCGAAUGCGCGAAUUAUCCAAACACCACUCAGGAGGUUGGCUUCCACGGAGUCGACAGGCGAGGCGGUCUCCCCGUCAACGGGCGAGCCAAUCAAGAAAUCAGCACGUGAAUUCAUAAUACCCAUUGCUGUGGAGGGCAAGGGCUAUGUAACGCCACGUCAAAGAAGCCUUGAACCGGAACAAAUGCCGUCGCGUCUCGGACGAUCAACAGUGCCCAGGCCCCGGCGUAUCAGCAGUCUAGUCAGUGGCGGAGAAUCUGAAGAGGAAGAUGACACACACAUGCACAGAUUAAGGUCGACACGAGCGGCGCGCGCGGAGUCCGUAAGCUCCGGAGAAGAAGACGAAGAAGAUGAAGGAUUCCAUCUGCUCACCGCCGACAAUCUCUUCUCGACGUUGUUACACCGGGUGCGAGCGCUAACGCAACGGCUGAACGGUGAAGAGGGUCCCGGAUUCCAACACCACCCACACUCGAUUUUCAAUAACCUGCAAUCGCCCUUCUUCAACAGCCCCCACUUGCCACGAAGACAUCUCUUGCGUGAAGGCUGGGGUUCCCGCGACCUGCACGCGCCGUUUGACUCUAUGUUCAACAAGGCCCGCUCUCCGAUGCCCCGAGGUAGUAGUAAGAAAACCGCCAAGCACCAAACGAGAGCCUCGCAAACCACGGACACGACGGACGGCUUAGAUCUGUCAGACCUGGAUUUGAGUUCGAUAGAGUUUUCGGAGCGGGAGAUGCAGGCGCUGUCGGGGCUCACGCCGGCGCUGUCGCGGCGCCUGCAGCGGCAACUGCUGGCGCACCUGCCGCCGCAGGCUGCCGCGCGCCUACGCCGCACGCUCUCCCUCCACGCCGCCAAGCCCGCCGCCGCGCGCCCGCCCUACGCGCGAAGCCACUCCGCCUCCAAGAGCCUCGACUCUCGCUCCCCCGACUGCCCCGCGACGAAACCGUCCGCCCACCCGCUACACCCAACGGCAGAUAACGAAAUUGUCACAACACCCGAAGAAGUAGACAGCUCCGUUAAGGCAGAACACGAAUUUAAUACCGACAUUGAACUUACAACCUCGGAACCCUUAAAAGUUGAUAAUGACAUUAAGACUCCAAAAAAAAUGGAACUUCCCUCUAACGACGAUUUCGAGAUUGAAGUGGAAGCUUUCCCAGAAGGAAAAUCGUCUGAAAAAGUUAAACCUUCCGACCAAGUAACAGAUUCCUCGCGAGUCAAACCCCCUGAAGUGAUGUCUGUACCCUCUGACAUAGCGAGGUUUAAAACCGAGGAUGCUCUUAUAACUGCCCCUCAAUAUUGUACCCUGCCUCGUCUCCGACGACGGUCAACAUUGUGCGGGGAAUCCUUAUCUCCUGCUUCUACCCCUGAAAUUGGUUAUGGAUCUGCAAAAUCGGAAUCCUUGACAAAAGAGAGUGGAUUUAAAAGUGACAGUAUGCGACACACCCCGGACCGUCCAUUGUUAAGUAAAUACUUGGCACCAGAAAGAAAUCUCUCUUUAGACGAGUCAUACUCUUCGGACAGUGGUAGUAUUCUUUCGGAACCUAGUUAUAUUGCAGCUUAUGGCUCCUCUGCGAUAAAUAACACAUCCGGUUUAGGAUUUAGGCGACACUCUCUGCGAUUAACCGGAGAUCAAUCAAAGAAACGUAUAUCACGGUUCCUACGUUCUGAUUUCUUUGAUACAUCGGUGGACGAUAGUAUAUAUGCUAAACAUAAAAAGGAGAAAGAAUUAGAAACGCAGAAAAUUUUGAAAGAAAUUAGAGAUAAAAAAAAUAAACAUUUAGAGUCUACUGCUAAAAGUCCUAUAGAAAUGCCUGAUGACACUGGGUUUAAAGACGAUAUCAACUCUGUUAAAAAAUGUCUUUCCCCUAUAGGUAAUUUGUUAUUGAAAGAUCGUAGUCGAUCCACAACACCAUUUUUUCCUAUAUUAGAUAAGAUAAAAGAAAGCACCUUAGAUUCUCAUAAUAUAACAUCGGAACAAAACAAGAGUAAUGAACUUAACGUUAUGAAUGACAAUUCUGUUCUCGCUAAUAACCCUCCUAACAAAGAAUUGAAAAUGAUAAGACCUAAAAGUUACCCUAUUAAAAGUCUAGAUGUAUACGAAGAUACAAACAAAGGUAUUUCUUUAGAAUGCUGUAAAAGAUCGGACAAUGAUGUAGAAGAUAAGAAAUUAAAUAAAGAAUCAAAAUUAUUAAGGCCAAAAAGUUAUCCCACAAGUAGCCCUUCUCCAGAAAAAGUGUUUGUAAAUCGUAAUAAUCAAAAAGAUGAAGCUCCUAAAGAUCUUACUGAUGAAAGAGCAGACGUUGAAGUAAGUUUCAGUAUAACACUACCGAAAAAAGUUAAAGCUUCCGCUAUUCAAUCGGAUUCACAAAAAACCGUAGAACAAAAAGUAGAUUCUAAAAUAGCAUGUAAAAAAGGAAUUGAUUCUACCUUGACUUUGAAGAAAUACCAAGUUGUCUGCGGGACCGACAAUAAGAAUGACAAGGAUCAUAAAAAUGAAACUCAGUCACAGAAUGUUACGAGAAACGACGAAAACUACUCUGUUACAAAACAUAACCAUACUGAAUGUGCUAAAAAUGGAUUAAUAAAGGAAGAAGUUAAAUUAACAGUCGCAGACAGUCAAUCGAUUGAAAAAAAAGGAAUAGUUAAAAAGAAAAUUGUAAAAAAAGUAUCCGCAAAAACAAAAACCGAAAUAAAUGCAAGUGAAACAAAAACAACAGAUGAAAAGAAAAAAGUUACAAAGAAAGUUAAGGAAAAAGCGGGUGAUGAGAACCCAAAAACUGCUGCUCCAAAAAAGAAGUCCGUAUUUCAAUCUAUUGGACACAAGUUAGAAAAGCUAGCAUCAUCCAAAUCAAACUCACCUGAAAAAAACUUUAAUAAUGACGAAUCCUUAAAAGUCAAUCGAACCCAAAGAGAAAAUUCUGUUCCUGUAAAUGUAGAUCCUCCGACUGAAUCAAAUUUAAUUAAAAGAGCGGUUACGAUAACUGAUGUUGCAGCUUUGGAAAUUCCAAACAUUAGUCAAAACAAAACUACCGUUUCUAAAGUGUUAGGUUUGUUUAAGAAGUUUGAACCUAAGGAGAAAAAUAUAAAAUCUGCUGAAAAAAUAAACGCAGAAAGUGCUAACAUAGCUCUUAAAGAAAUUUUACUCAAAGAUGAUUUAGAUUCUGAAGAAAAACCCAAGAGGCCAACUUCGCUGCUUCUAAAUGGUUUAGGUCGUAAAUAUAGAUACAGUAGGACUUCAAGUGACGACGUCAACGCGAUAGAGGAUAGUGACGAUCUCCUAGUAGUUAAGAAAGAAAAUGAUUCCAAAAACAUUAAAAAUUCUUUAAAAUUAGAUUUUUCUAGACUGCCAAGAGUUAAAAAAAUAGUUCCUACAAGUCCUGUGAUAGAAACACAAAUUAUAAAUAGUUCUGAUAUUGAGAAGAACAUCGACAGCAAUUUUGUGUUAGAAAAGAAUGGAAAUCAUCCGGACAGUUCCAAUAAAGAAGAGUUAGAUGAUCCACGGAAUCGGAGUCGAUCACGAAGCAGAUCAACAUAUUCUAAUUCUGAAUUGAAAUCAGACCUUAUCGGAAUAAAAGAUAAAUAUUCUCUGCCUGAUGGCAAGACACAUCACUUACCUUUGCGAAGUCUCGAUUCUAUAACUCCUGAAAAAGAAGAUAUUGUCGAUAGAAUACGAAGAAAAAGCUUUUAUUCUCGAUUCAACGAAAAGAAGCAAAGGCGAAAAAGCAAUUUAGUGGGUCCUGGGGCAACCGAAUACGAUCCCCUGGCAAGAAUACAUUCUCAUUCAAAUGAUUCAAAGUAUGAUGUAUCUCCGACUUCGCCAGGAAAUAAUAAUUAUGAUUUGUCACCUGGGUUGUCAGUUGGCUCGGACGUAUCACCAUCUACAGAACGUUAUAGAUCUUUACUUACCGAUUUACCCACCACAAGAAGCGGUUUAAGAUAUGAUGGUCCUAAUGAUAAAAUUGAUAUGUAUCGAUCCCUCGACCGAAAUGAUUUCAGAAAGCAUCCGGGAAGAAGUUAUUUAGAUUACGAUCAAACCUCUUCUUAUAGCCCAAAUAGAUAUUCAAGGACGAAAUCAUUAUUCGAUAGUUCAGAUAAUAGCGAAGAUCAUUCGUUCGGUCUCUCGAAAGAAUCGUACAAAUACAAUCGUGCCAACUCCUUAUUUUCCCCAGGAAGUUAUGCAACUUACAGACCGAAGAGAACGAGAAACUCCGCAAUUAUACUUAAAGAAUGCGAAAAGGAGCCUAGUCCAGAAAAUAUUAUGGAUAAAAUUAGGCAAAGAAAGAUUUCAAUCAGCGUUACCAGAAAAUCUGAUUCUGAAAAGGACUCAGUGCCUAGAUCCAAUGUCUCACCUAAAGGCGAAGGCGACUGUACAGAACGCCCUUCGAAAGUUGACUGAGAGGCGCUACUGAUGUUACUAUGAACCACGGCGUUUUGUUUAUAGAUACGCAUUUCGAUUAAAAAGUAUAGCUAUUCAAAGAUAGUCUUAAAAAUACGUUUUCUUGAAUCUCUCAAAUAUUUUUUGCCAUAAGGCUAGAAUCUCUUGUAACUCUACUUUUUACUUUUCUAUAAACAUAAUAAGAUAACUAAAGAUUAUGACUCCAAAACUUCUUGCCAAUCUACUAGUAUACAUUCGCGUAGUUAGUUCUUAGGCUGAUUAUCAAAUGAAUAAUAAAUAGUCAUUCUAUUGGUUAAUUGGUCAUUAUCAUGGUGCAACAAUUUUAUCCAUAGGUAUUUCAAUUCUUCUUUCAUUGCUUUUAUUAUAAAUUGGUGUGCAAAUAUGUGACACUGAUAAUAUAACAUUUUGCGAUACUAAUGAAUAAGUGUUACAAACGAUAAAUAAAUCACCCUGCAUUAUUUAUUCAAAGAGACGUUUGUUAGAUAUAUACAAAACAAUAUUUUGCAAGUAUAACCUUUUUUGAAACUUUUAAUGUGAAUUGAUCUUCUGUGCCUUUCUAACAUAAGCAAAGGGAUUUGAUACUCGGGUUCAUUGAUAAGAAAAUGACACAAGUUUUAGUGUUUUUGCACAAAUAUUUUAACCGAAUACGUCUAUAAUUAUAGUUUUGAUUAUUUUAGAUAUUAUCGAUUGUUGUAAACUAAGUCACUUCUUAAGUUUAAAUGUUUAUUAUAAUCAUAAAGUAUUGACUGCUUAGUCGAGUUGAAACAGUAAUCGAAUAGAAUGGUGCUUAGUUGAAGGUUUUCUUAGAAAUAAUUCGUAUAUUUAUAGAAGAAAGUUACUGUCACUUACAUUUACGAUGUACGUUUACAUAGGUAAUAAUAUAUAAAUAGCAUGUUUUCGAGUGGAAAGAAUAUAUUUUGUUAGUAGCCAACAGAAGUAUUUUAAGUGAAAUAGUUACUGUUUCUCAUUUGUUGCCAUUAUUAUCAUGUCAGUUCAAGGCGUCUGUAAAGCAAUAAUAGUAUCGCGACCCAUUUUUGUAUUUUCUGUUUUAUCAUUAUUUAUUUAUUAAUUUUAUCAUUACUUUAGAAUUGUAACGAUUAUUAUUUAUUAGUGUGUGGUGAUUAAUAAUAUUUUAUAAUAACGGUUAAUACCAAUUGUUUUGAAUAUUAUAAUUGCUAUCACACACGUUUUGUAUUGAAUGUGAAUAAAUUAUAGUUC